CAGUGUUGUUUACGCGUAUCUAAAUUAACAGAAAUAAUGUUUAAGUGAAAGCUAUUUGAGUGGAUUCAAGAGUGUGUAGUAUAUUCUAACAAUCAAAUUGUGUAAAGAUGACUAGAUUGAAAGUAGCUGUUAGAGUAAGACCGAUGUCUCAAAGGGAGACUGAAAUAGAAUGCGUUCCAGUCAUUUCCGUACUUAAUGAAGAAUCGUUGGAAAUCAUAAAUAUUAAGGUACCAGAACAAAAUGUGGGAGACAGUCGAGAAAGAGUAAAAAGAUUCACCUUUGACUACUGCUUCCACGAACAUAGUCAGCAAAAUUAUAUUUUUGAUAAAGUCGAAGAAGUUAUAAGUAAGUCACUACAGCAAGGAAAUCAUGCGUGUGUUUUGGCUUACGGCCAAAGUUCCACUGGAAAAACUCAUACAAUGAUGGGAGUGCCUGAAGAUCCAGGGUUGAUUCCAAAUUUUUGUAACCGAGUAUUUGGAUAUUUACAAGAAACAGCUAUAGGAGAAGAAAUUGCCAAUAUGAAAGUGACUAUAAGCUAUUUGGAGAUAUAUAAUGAAAAAGUUCGAGAUCUCCUAAAUCCAUCUAACGAAUCUAGAAAUCGCUCUUUAAAAAUAAGAGAACAUCCAAAGAAAGGACCAUAUGUGCAAGGUCUUUCAGAACAUCCUGUAAAUACUACCUCCGAUCUCUUAUAUUGGCUGCAAGAAGGUAACAAACGCCGUAAAAUAGCAGCCACCCAUUCCAAUCCCCAAUCGAGUAGAAGUCAUUCCGUUUUUGUUGUUAAUUGUGAUGGGGUUAAAUUGAAUUUAAUCGAUUUGGCAGGCAGCGAAAGGGCAGCCAGUCGCUGUUUUAAUCUUUCGAGGUUCAAAGAAGGUUCCAAUAUAAAUAGAAGUAUCGUUGCUUUAGGAAAUGUAAUUUCUGCAUUGGCGGAUCAAACGUACAAGCAAGCAAGAGGAAUAAGAAGGAGAUUUGUUCCAUUUCGUGAUUCAAUCUUAACAUGGCUGCUGAAAGAUAUACUAGGUGGAAAUUCCAACACAGUUAUGGUUGCAACUGUUUCUCCUUCCAGUGCUUGCUAUAAUGAGACCGUUAACACUUUGCGUUUUGGGCAACGCGCCAAAAAUAUAAUAUUCCGGCCAGUCGUCAACGAAGACCCCAAAGAAAAGACCAUCCGAGAAUUGAGAGCAGAAAUAUUUAGACUGAAGGAGCUUUUAAAAAACGUACAGCUGCCGAUUGUAAAUCAAAUGUACUUUCAAAAAGAUGUUACAAGAGACACGCAGAAUGAAAACCCAGAAGAUAACCUAAACCGAAAGCCCAAUCCAUCGAACGUUCUAACGAUAUUAAGUCAUAAAUUAAAUGUAGCUGACAAACCUCUUUGUACGAACGAAGAAGAACUCAUUCCUAAUAUUGAUGUCAACGCAAAUAUUACUAAGAAGCAUUCACAAGUAACUUUAAUCAUGUCGUCAAAUAAAAUAGAUCCCGACAAGUGCGGUUCAGACGAUUCCACUAUUUCAUCCAAAUCAAUUACAUCGAAUCAAAGUUCAGAAGUAGGUUCAGGAAGUCAAACAUCACGCAGGAGCAGUCUCAGAACAGAGUCCUUACAUAAAUCGGUUUCUUCAUUAUCAAGAACUUCAUCCAAGAGGCAGUCUCUGCGAGCUAUGUCCAGUGAAAACCUUUCAAAAAGAUCUGAAUCUAAAUUUGGUGUUAGUUCCAAAGCAUCUCCCAGAUCUCAAGUUGUAGCUGCAGUUACCAGUAGAUUGUAUAAUAAAGUUAAGAAGAAAGAAGUUGCAACCGAUACUGAUGAUAUAAAUACCUAUAACCUGUCGGUAUUUCCCAAAGAAUUAUUAAUAUCAGAAAAUGCUAGAGCACGUUUGAGAAAUAUUACGCGAAGGGCAUUAAGAGCCAAUAGAAUAAAAAAUCAAGAUAUGCAGACUGAUCUUAUACCCAUAAAAAGAAUGAAAGAAAUAUCUACAAAUACUUCAGAUCUAAAAGUGGUAGUAGAAGAGCUAAAACAUGUGGCAACUAUGACUUCACAAAUUAAUAACAGAGACGCCUGUGUAGAUAGCUCUGAUUUGGUAGAUGUGACAGAGUCAGAAGCAGUCAAAAGUUUGUUGAUUACACGAAGUUGUGGUACACAAUUUAACAAAGAAGAUUCCCAGAGAAAACAGGUAGUAGUUCCAAAGCCCUCAACGCUUGUAUCGUUUACUAAGUAUCUAAAAGAAGGUAAAGAUGUAUCUACAGAUGCCAUAUAUACUAAUGUGGUUAACAUAAAUAUAUCAAAUAACUACCUUCAAGGAAACAAAGCUACUCACAGUGUAUCUUCAGAAAGUUUAGACAAUUUUGAAGCUCAAAGUUCCUAUAUGGUUACUCCAGAUCUUCUUAGUAAUCAUCCGCCUCUUGAAAUGUCGUCAAAAGAAGUUCAAACGUGGUAUCACGGAAGUAUAGGAGAACUAAAGGAUGAAUUUCUAGACUGCGUUGAACAUGUCAACCAAAACUUUGCAAUAAAUAAUAGUAAAGCAAAAUGCUCUUGGAUACCCAAUCAUUCAGUAGCAGUCCCUGCCAUUAAAAUGCUCAAAACACAUGCUGCUGAAAUAUUCAGAUCGUCAGUACAAGCUGAAGAAUAUUGUAUACCUUUAAAGGACUUCGAAGUCGUCACAGCAAAGCCGAGAAUUUUGCACUGUGACAGAACUGAAUAUGAUGACGUAGUUAUAGUUCAUGAACCAUAUAUAUUACAUGAUAGUGCAGUCAGUACAGAUAAUAAUUACAACCAGGCCACAACAUCUAAUUUAGUAUCUUCUAGAGUACCAAAAACAAUUCUGAAAAAUGAAAAUGGAGAGGCCCAAAGAAUGGUAAGUGCAAUGUCUGCAUUUUUAGAAGAAGCAACAGAAAUAAUAUCAAAAUUGUCUGGAAAAGAGCAAAAAAAUCAUUCGUAUGAUCUCCAAGUAUCAGUAAGCGGAUUAAAAUCUUUUAAAAACUUAGUCAAAAAGAAAAAGUUGAGACAAAGUAGUAUUUCAAAUGAGAAUAGGGAACAAAUAGUUAAGAAAGAUAAUCAGUCGUCAAAUUCUGAUAAAAAAUAUUGUACAUGCUUUAAAGAAAAGGGAUCGCAAACAAUACUUCCUGUUAUGUAUCACUGCUCUACUCAAUCUGAACCAAUACUUCCAGAAUUACCAAUAAAUAAAUAUGAAAUUCCCUUUGAAGCAGCGUGUUCAAGGUUAGAGAAAACGUUAUCUCUGGUCCAGAUAUCCCAUGGAAGAAACGUUAAUGCUGAUGAGAUAUUACCAGAAUACGAAUCACUAAACUUCGACAAUGAUUUAGGUCCAAAUUAUUCGGAUUAUGGAAGUUUGCCAAAAACCUACAAAAAAAAGAAAAGUACGUGGUCUUUAUCUUCUCCUAAAUCUUAUUUGAAGCAAUUGACUGCAAUGAGGAAGGAUAUAGUGGAAAGUACUCGGGACUAUAUGAGAAGUUACGAUAAUCUUUGUAAAACAAAUGAAGACAGUGGAAAAUACAGUGUAGAUCAUAUUAAAGAAAAUACAUAACGGAUUGGUAAAAUAUACAUACAUAUAUAUUGG